CCCUACUUGGUUUAAAGACUUUUCACUUCCAGCCCUCACUUCCGGCGAUAAAAAGGAGAAGAAGCAGUCUUUUUAGAGAAAGAAAUCAGAAGAAAAUCGUACUACUGGAAGCCAUGUGCCCCACAAAGCAAAACCAAAAUCACCGGAGUUUGAUCGGAGAACCGGCCGAAAGGUGUUCGGAACACGGAGAGUCCACGACGACGGCGGAUUGGAUUUCCGAGACGAUCGACGGCGGAUCCUUACGCCUUGUCGACCUUCAAACCGGGAUAAAUGGUUGGGCCUCGCCGCCUGGCGAUCUCUUUAUGCUUCGUUCUAAGAACUACUUGACGAAAGGGAAAAAAUCUCCCGCCGGUGAUUACUUACUUUCUCCCGUCGGUGUUGAUUGGCUGAAAACUAGUACCAAGCUUGACAACGUCCUUGCUCGUCCUGACAAUCGAGUUGCGCAAGCGUUGAGGAGAGCGCAAGCCCUAGGUAAAUCGAUGAAGAGCUUCAUUAUUGCGGUUAACAUACAAGUCCCUGGGAAGGAUCAGUAUAGUGCCGUGUUUUAUUUUGCUACCGAAGAUCCGAUUCCAUCUGGCUCGCUUCUUCACCGAUUCAUCAAUGGCGAUGAUUCUUUCAGAAAUCAACGGUUGAAAUUGGUGAAUCGGAUCGUGAAAGGUCCAUGGAUCGUUAAGAAAGCGGUAGGAAAUUACAGUGCGUGUUUGUUAGGGAAGGCAUUGACGUGCAAUUACCACCGAGGACCUAACUAUUUGGAGAUUGACGUAGAUAUGGGAAGCUCAAAGUUAGCCAGUGCGAUUUUGCAUCUCGCGCUUGGUUAUGUCACCAAUGUUACAGUAGAUAUGGGAUUUCUGGUGGAGGGACAGACGGAGGAGGAGUUGCCGGAAAGACUGUUCGGCGCCGUUCGGAUUUGCCAGAUGGAGAUGUCGUCGGCGACGGUCGUAGACGCGCCGACAUUGGCGCGUGGAGUAUCAUGUGCAAAAGUGAAUCACCACAAACACGGCGGCGACGACGACGACGAUGACGAUAACUGAUUCGAGAUUCAAUUAGCGGUAAAAUCUCCGAGUCUGUCUCAGUUUAUAAGUAAAUUUUCUUUCAGCCUUAAAAUGAUAGAUUCGUAGUUGGAAAAUAUAGAAGGUAUUAGUCGGAUUCAUGAUUGUAGAUAAUGAUCGGAAAUUCUCGAGAUUAUUUCCUAAUUGAAAUUCCCCUGAAAUUGAAUCGGAAUUAUAUUUUGCUUUCGAUAUCACGCGCCACAGGUUUUUGUUCUACAAUAGAGUCUGUUUGAUUAUAAUUCUCUUAGAUGAGCGGUGGAAUAACUUCCAUUAGUCUGUUUGCCACACCUUUGUAUGAAUACAAUUGACAGUUUCAUUAAGAAAAUGAAUGCCAUCAAUGGUGGUGGGGACGGCGACGGAGACAGAAACGGCGGCGAUUUCCCGUCGGUUGGCUGUUUCUGGAAUAGAGUUGUUGAACUGUAUUGGAACGUUGAGCAUGUUUUGGGCCUACCAACGAUAUGGCCCAUUAUAAUCUUACCAUUCAAUAAAGAAUUUCAACACUUUCUUCCUGGGAAAA